AGUAGAAGAAGCUGGUCAGGCACCUCCGUAGCUUGCUAGCCAACAUAGCAGCUCUUUAGACGGUUUCGGUGUAUGGGAAGUCGCUGUAUUUUAAACACAGGUCUGUCGUAUCUACUAGUUACCCUGUUUAAUUUCGCAUUUACGUUGUUAGUCAUCUAGCUGGCUGGUUAAGUUAGCACUAGGCUAGUUGUUUAUGCUAACUAGCUAGCUAACAUCCACGACCAUGAGCUCACUAAGCUACUCCCCCACUGCUAAAGAACAGGAGGUCUGCUGGACGGAGAAAGAGGGUCUGUGGCUUAAUAUUGUCGUGAAAGAAGAGGAGGAAGAGGAGGACGUCACAGUGAAAGGAGUUAAAGAAGUGAAAGAGAAGGAGGGGGAUGAGAAAGAGGAGGAUGUCGUUUUUGGAGUGAAGGAGCAGGGGGAGGUUACUGUCACAUUGGAAGACGAAGAAGAAAAGACAGGAGAUGUGAUUAACACCGGAGAGAGGCCAGACUCUCCCUCUGACAGUGGGAAGUGUCCUUCAGGGGAACCAGACCCAGAGACGCCUAAACCAGUGAGACCACACCACUGCUCCCACUGUGGAAAGAGUUUCACCUGGUUAUCAAAGCUGAAAGAGCAUGAGAGAACACACACUGGAGAAAAGCCCUACCAAUGUGCCAUUUGUGGAAAGACUUUUACCCAGUUAGGGGGCUUUCAAUAUCAUGAGCGGACACACAGAGAAAAAAAUGCCUACCACUGCUCUCAGAAUGGAAAGACAUUUACCCAGUUAGGGAACCUGAAAAAUAAUGAGAGAAUACGCACACAGGAGGAGAAGACAAACCACUGCUCCCAGUGCGGAAAGAGUUUUAAAUGGUUAUCAAAGCUGAAAGAGCAUGAGAGGACACACACAGGAGAAAAGCCUUUCCAAUGCUCUCAUUGUGAAAAGAAAUUUAACCAGUCAUCCCAUCUGAAAGAGCAUGAGAGGACACACACAGGAGAGAAGCCUUUCCAAUGCUCCCAGUGUGGAAAGGGUUUUACCUGGUUAUGGAACCUGAAAACACACGAGAGGACACACACAGGAGAAAAGCCCUACCAGUGCUCCCUGUGUGGAAAGACUUUUACCCAGUUAGGGGGCUUUAAAUAUCACGAGAGAACACACACAGAAAAAAAGACCUACCACUGCUCUCAGUGUGAAAAGACAUUUACCCGGUUAGGGAACCUGAAAAAGCAUGAGACAAUACACACACUGGAGGAGAAGACAUUAGUCAGUUAG